AACAUGCCCACAAUAUUCACUAAAAAAUCACACGGCCCAUAAAAACAAUUAAUCCGUUUACAAAAUGUGCAAUUAAUUAUCGAUAACAAUGUCACGGACAGUGUUCCACUUUGACUAACGCGAACUGUAAUUAUGAGUGAAAAUGAUGCACGUUUUAAUUGUGUUGAUACCGUUUCUACAAGAGAUCUUGAUCAUUGACGGCAGACCUCAUGUAGGAAAACCAAUAAAUUCCACAACAAUAGACAGACCUGAGGAAGUAUCGCCCCGAACGUCGAUAUCUUUCAACAAAACCAAAACCAGAAUUUUAACAGGCUACACCAAUUUCUUCGGUUCGUCUGAACAAGAAGUAGUGUUUCCUGACGAAUACGACAUGACCUUCGACCCGGUUCCGAAGAUCGACGGUACACCUAAAUGCGCCAACGGUUUGACGUUCUGCGAAGAGUUCGACGCGUACCCGUACCACCAUGUGAAGGAUAUCCUCGAAGAGGAGCACGUGCACAAAGACCUGUUCGGAAAGGAUGAUGUGCCGUUCGAAAUUACGAACAGGAUCGGUGAGGAUGAGGACGUGUUCGUGUGCCGGGCCUCCCAACGAACAAUCUACCCCAAACUGGGCAAGAACAAGAACAACAAGUGGAAAUUUAUAAUCAAUCAAGACGAUACCGACGGCUAUAUACAGGGCAUCAGAGUGGAGACCUGUGUCAGGGAAGGUAACACGUGUGACGUGAUUGGUGAUCUGCCCAGCGGUUUCACCACGUCCUGCAAGCAGAAAUACGUGUACCGGAGGCUGCUUUCGUUGACCGAAAAUGGGAAACCGGUACCGGACACUUUUCUGUUACCAUCUGCAUGUUGCUGCGCCUAUAAGAGAAAUUUCGAUUUUUUGGCCAGAUCCAUUUCAAAAAUUACUCCAAUCAAGUGAAUACCGUGUUCUUGCUUAUUCGAAUUAUAACUUUCAAUUAGUCUGUCGAAUGAACAAUGCUUUUAAGUUAUUCAUAAUAUGAUGUAUGUGUAUGUACAACUCAUCCCGUACAGUUCAGUAAACUGAUAUUACCUUUAAAUUAACCAUUUUAAAUAUUUAUGAUUAGGCAACCCAUGUUACGAUUAUUUUUUAAAUCACACUUGAUUGAAACCUUUUUGGUGCCAAGUUUAGAUACAUAACAUAAUUUUUAAUGACUUCGAAUAUAUUGUAUCUACAUAAUUCGACAGACUUGUUGUUCAGCCAGGAUGUUAGAAACUCAUCCGUUUUACGAAACUUUUUGUAACGUAACACAUCUUUUUAAACCAACAAUUGUUUCCAAAGGAAAUAAAAAUAAUAUUUCAAUAGAUCAAAUCAUAAUUUAUUGCAAUAAAUUUAAAAAAUUAAUUGAAAAUUAUAUUUAAUAUAAUUAAAGAAAAAAUGUAUACUAGUUUGUAAAAGUAUUUAAUAAAUUAUUGGAACUGCA